UAUCACAGAAAAUGGAUGUAAAGGUUUCAGAUUAGGAACAGCGUGAGAGUAUAGCCUCGUCUUAUGUUACAACAUGUUCUUGUUUCGACUGACCGACCAGUUUUGAAUAAUUUCAUUUUUGCAGUUGAAUAAGCAUGGCAACCAUUUGAAAGCCAUUUGCUUGUUUGGUUAGGGCUAGUUUGUUUUAUCAUAAAAGGAAAUCAAACUGCAGACAAGAUAAGUAUUCUAUAUGGUCGUAAUACCAUGUCAAUCAAAGACACUUGUGUAAACUAUAAUUUCCUCUUAUAUACAAAAAAAGUUUUCCUUCAAUCAUAUGUUUUUCGCCAACAUUUGAACGGUGCUGUCAUUUGAUUCUCGUGCGUGCCAUAGCGUGCUUUAGUGUUUUAACGAUGAAUGAAAUAACACCACAACCAAGUCCAAGACGAAUUCGUUCAUUUUUCAUCAAAGACAUUUUAGAGCAUAGGAGCCCUACUACCACCGCGGUAGAAGUCGAGUUUUCACCUCCAUCAACACCGAGUGAACCGGCAAAUCACACAGUAACAACGUCUCACACUGUUCAAAACAUUCUGGCAGGUAAUGAAGAACGCCCAGUAGACCCAUAUAGCACAGGCUGUUGCAGCGACGCAUGUCCCAGCAGUGUGUAUCCAUCUUACAUGAAGACUGCUGCCGUUACAACACCAUUUUAUCACCCUUAUCUUUACACCUUUUAUCGCCAACAAGCAGCAUGGAGACACACUUUGAAAGAAGGUGUCGCUUAUGUAGACCCACAAACUGCCCUUUACACCCAAGUCAAACAACGUAAACCGCGGAGACCCUGGACACGAGCUGUUUUCUCAAACCUUCAACGUAAGGGUCUUGAAAAACGUUUUCAAGUCCAGAAAUAUCUCACGAAAGGCGACCGUCAUCAGCUGGCUUCCAUGUUGGGUCUGUCCGAUAAUCAAGUCAAAGUUUGGUUCCAGAACCGAAGAAUGAAAUGGCGUCAAGAGGAACAAAAUAUCGACGAGUCACCUGAGAAAUCUGAACUUCAAACUUCAAAUGUCGCUACAAGUUCUAACAGUGACUUGCCAUCAAUGACUGAAUAAUCGUCGAAAAUCACAGAAUGGAAGAUCGUGUAAAGAGAUCGCCUAAACGUUGACCAUUUAUAAUUCCACGUUAUAAAUGUCCUGAAUAUAGAAGAUAAAUAACUUUCACAUUCAAGUCUUAAUUUUGCGAAAAUUUAACCAUAUGUUCUGGCAUUAAACAACUAACAAUGCAUAACACAAACUGAUUUAAAAUUACGAAGCCUUUCUGAAAAGUGAACUAUUAGUCAUUACAGAUAAACUUUGAUAGCUACGUCAGUGAAGAAUUUCCUGAAGCAUGAUUUUUAUCGCUGCAUGUAUAUAAGAGUCUAAACAUAGAAUAACAAAAAUAUAGUACCAGUUGAACAAAUAUAUUAACGUCAAAUAUUUACGAUAAGAUCGAGGAAUCUCCAUUUCCAUGUUUGAAGCCGAUACGAUAUAUAUGAUUUUGUACAUAAAUAUAUAAUAUUAUAAUGAUCAAAAAUGUAAAUAUACAAAAAAAAAUAUUCAAUGUGUGGAAGAGAUGCAUGUAGAUUAAUUUGAUUACCUACAAUUUUGAGGUGUUCAUUUUCCUCUAUCCCUGCACCCAACCUAGCAUUGUUUUGUUUUUUCAACGAUACAUACUAACAUUAAUGAUUAGUUGCAUGGCUCU